CCCCCUUCCCUCCCUCUUCAUUUCCUCAAUCCUGCUGCUUCACAUCGGCGUCGUGAGGGGCCAGAGGUUCGGCUGCGACCCGGAGCAUGGCGCGUCAAGCCCAGCUCCGUCCCUUCGCGGCAUAGCGCCACGGACUGACGGACAGAUGCUGCAGGUGGAGCCAGAAUGAGUGCCGUUCAGCUACUGCAGGAGACGCUGAUCAAGCGUUCGCAGCAGAAGAAAAGGACGUCGCCGCUGAACUACAAGGAACGAGUAUUUGUCCUCACCAAGACCAGGCUGACGUACUACGAAGGGAAACCAGAGAAGAAGUUCAAGAGGGGCUCGGUGGAGCUGAGUCGCAUCAAAUGUGUGGAAAUCGUGAAGAAUGGAGGUGGGAUUAUCCCCUGCCAGAACAAAUACCCAUUCCAGGUUGUGUACGAUACCAACACGCUGUAUGUUUUCGCUCCCAGUCAGAAGAGCAGAUCUCUGUGGGUCCUGAUGCUCAAACACGAGAUCCAACACAACACAGGCGUGCUGCUGAAGUUUCACCCCCAGUUCUGGCUGGAGGGCGUCUGGCUCUGCUGUCGCCAGGCUGACAAACAGGCGCCGGGCUGCGAGGAGUACAACCUGUUAGGAGACAUUUCCAGAAAACCUCUGCCUCCGAUUCCUGGACAGGAAAACACGCGCCGGCCCCGUCCUCCUCCCGUCCCGCAGGACGAAGACGAGGAUGACGAGGAGGUGGUGGUGGCUCUCUACGACUUCCCAGGGAUGGAGCCGCACGACCUGAAGCUGGUCCGCGGCGGAGAGUACGUCAUCCUGGAGAAAUGUGACGCCAACUGGUUCAGGGCGCGCAACGAGUACGGGGAGGAAGGCUACAUCCCGAGUAACUACGUGACGGGGAAAACAUCUGGGAACCUGGUGCAGUUCGCAUGGUACAGUAAGGGCGUAAACAGGAACAUGGCUGAGGAGCUGCUGAGGAAGGAGGAUAAAGAAGGAGCCUUCAUAGUGAGAGACUCCAGCCAUCCGUCUACUUACACCGUCUCUCUUUACACCAAAGCAGGAUCUGGGGAAGGAGGUCCAAUGAUUAAACAUUAUCACAUUAAAGAGACGCGAAGCACGCCCAGAAAGUUUUACCUGGCUGAGAAACACCUGUUCAGCUCCAUCCCUGAACUCAUCGAGUACCACAGCCACAACGGAGCCGGUCUUGCUGCCAGGCUCAGAUAUCCUGUAGGAAAGCAGGACAAGUCAGGUCCGUCGACGGCGGGUUUCAGCUACGAGAUGUGGGAGAUCAACCCGAGCGAGUUGACCUUCAUGAAGGAGCUGGGCAGCGGUCAGUACGGCCAGGUGAGGCUCGGCAUGUGGAGGUCCCAGCACAAGGUGGCCAUCAAGGCCAUCAAGGAGGGCGCCAUGUACGAGGAGGACUUCAUCGAAGAGGCCAAACUCAUGAUGAAGCUGUCCCACCCUAAGCUGGUGCAGCUGUAUGGCGUCUGCAGCCAGCAGAGGCCCAUCUACAUCGUCACAGAGUUCAUGCAGCAGGGCUGCCUGGUGAACUACCUGAGGCAGCGGCGCGGCAGCUUCAGCCCCGGGUUGCUGCUCGAAAUGUGCCUGGACGUCUGCGAAGGCAUGGAGUACCUAGAGGCAAACAACUUCAUCCACCGAGACCUGGCGGCCAGGAACUGCCUGAUGAACGACGCCAUGGUGGUGAAGGUUUCUGACUUUGGCAUGGCCAGAUACGUCUUGGACAACCAGUACACCAGCACCAAAGGCGCCAAGUUUCCUGUGAAGUGGUCUCCACCUGAAGUCUUUAACUACUGCAAGUUCAGCAGCAAGUCGGACGUCUGGUCGUACGGCGUGCUGAUGUGGGAGGUGUUCACAGAGGGCCAAAUGCCGUUCGACCAAAGUCUCAAUCACGAAGUGGUUGCCAUGGUAACCAACGGCCAUCGGCUGUUCCGGCCCAAAAUGGCCCCGCCCGCCUUGUACGACAUCAUGCAGCUCUGUUGGGACAACAGACCGGAGGAGCGUCCAUCUUUCUCUCAGCUUUACCUGAUGCUCUCAGACGUUUUGGAGGACGACGGUAUUUCUUCAUGCUGACCUUCCAGGCUCCUCCUCAUCCUCGCUGAAGACGCACCCUGCUGUCGUAACCUUUCUAAAGGCUCUGUGGUAUACAUAUUUAUAUUUUAAAGCCACAAACGGGAGGACAGCAUUCUGCACAGUAACGCUGCUUAACGCGAUGAAGCGUCGAGGCGUCCAGAGGAACCGACCACGUCUGCUCCGUCUCUGCUGAACCCGGUUCAGGACGGCUAACGGGAACUGAGCGACGCUCUCUGACUGUGGAGGCUUAGCCAGGCGUUUCAACAUGUUGGGUGGAAAUAAAUAUUUUUUUACUAAGCUUUAUUUCUUCUACUUGUUGGAGUUCUUACUGAAAGUAAAGAAACUCACAAGCCGAGGUGUGGUUUAACUGCAGCACAGACUGAGUUUCAUGUGAAACCAUCACUUAAAUUAAACCUAAAAUAUAUAUAUAACUAAUUUUUGCAUUUUUAAUGAAAUAAAUUUUGUGGCCUGCCAGUGGUUUAAACUAUCCAGUUUUGGACAUUUCUUUGGGGGGAAAAAAGUUUAAGCUUUUUAGACUUAUCACACAUUGUUUCAUCAUAUUGUGGUGUGUAAAACAUGUUUAUAACACUCUUUAUAACACAGUGUUAUAAACAAUCUUAAUGGUGAGUUAUAAAGCAUCAAUAUGUUGCUUUACAUGGUUUUAUAAUAUUUUUAACAUGGUUUCAACAUUGUAACAGAUUAUACUGCAACAAUAUUGCUGUUAACAUUGUUGUCUUACAAUAACAGUAUGUUGCUUUGUUACAAUGUUGCUUUGUAAUAUAUUGUUUAACAUUGUUAUAAAGCAACAUUACUGUUUGUAACAAUGUUGCUUUGUAACAACAUAUUGUUUAUAACAAUAGAUUGUUGCUGCAGCAGAAUAUCAAUGCUUUGUAACAAUAUGCUAAAACAAAGUUUAACUUUUCAGACUUUUGUUAAAGUGACAUGUUGUUGCUAAUCACAGAUUGUUUCAACAUAUUGUUUAUAACAUAUUUAUAACAGUAUAACACAGUUAUGCUUUAUAACAACAACAUGUUGUUACAAAGCAACUUAAUGUUGUCAUGAAGAGCCGUUUCUACAGUCAGUGAUGCUUCGGGGCUCCAUGUCAUUUGCUGGUGAUGCAGUAAUUCAUGCAAAAGGAGCCCCAACUCCCAGUACAGUUUCUUACUGGUCUACUCACACUGAAUGUGUAAUGUGUAUUAUCCUUGGGCCAUAAAACCUCAAAACGAACAUAUACAUUAUGGUAUGAGUUUCAACUUUAUGAAUGUACUUAACUGAAAUAAAUUAAUUUUUUUUAACAGAC